AACGUAUUAUGAAAUAAUUCAAACAGCUAUUGAAGAUUCAUUUGAACAUUGUACACUUGUUGCUCAACGAGAUUCAAUUGUUAUUCAUUUACAAAAUGCAUUUCGUUGUGUAACAAGAAAUGUUAUUGCUGUUUUAGCUUCAUCAACAAUAACACAAACAGAUCAAUUAUAUUAUUUACAACAACUUGAAGUAUUAGAUAUACAAAAAGCAUCACUUAUUUCAUUUCUUUUAACAAAACAAUUUGAACAAAACAAUUAA